GCGCCGGCCUCCAGUGCGCCGGCCUCCCGUUGCCCUGGCAACCGUCGCGCCGCGUCCUCCUGAGGGAGUUCCUGUCAGCCCGCUGAUCCCAUCGCCUGCUCUUCACUGCCCCGCGAUUUUUGCGUGGGCUCAGAGGCGGAGGGACAACAAAAAAUGGCGGAGCGGAGCCAGACGGCGCCUGAGGCAGGCAAUGAUAUGGGAAAUGACGAAGCCAUCGGAGGGAAUGUGAGCAAAUAUAUUGUGCUUCCAACUGGAUACUGUGGACAGCCCAAGAAAGGACAUCUUAUCUUUGAUGCUUGCUUUGAAAGUGGUAACCUUGGACGGGUGGACCAGGUCUCUGAGUUUGAGUAUGAUUUAUUCAUAAGGCCGGAUACCUGUAAUCCACGCUUCCGAGUCUGGUUCAACUUUACUGUUGAAAACGUGAAAGAAUCACAGAGAGUCAUUUUCAACAUUGUUAACUUCAGCAAAACCAAGAGUCUUUAUAGAGAUGGGAUGGCCCCUAUGGUGAAAUCUACCAGCAGACCGAAAUGGCAAAGGUUGCCACCUAAGAAUGUUUACUACUACCGCUGCCCGGACCAUAGGAAGAAUUAUGUGAUGUCCUUUGCAUUUUGUUUUGACCGAGAAGAAGAUAUUUACCAGUUUGCUUACUGCUACCCUUAUACGUACACUCGCUUUCAGCAUUACCUUGACAGCCUGCAAAAGAGAAACAUGGAUUACUUCUUUCGGGAGCAGCUGGGUCAGAGCGUGCAACAGCGGCAGCUUGACCUCCUGACAAUAACCAGCCCUGAGAACCUUCGGGAAGGGGCAGAGCAGAAGGUGGUAUUCAUCACGGGACGAGUCCACCCAGGGGAAACACCCUCUUCAUUUGUGUGCCAAGGGAUCAUUGACUUCCUCAUAAGCCAGCAUCCUGUUGCCCGCGUCCUACGAGAACAUCUGGUCUUCAAGAUUGCACCAAUGCUCAACCCUGACGGAGUCUACCUGGGCAAUUACAGGUGCUCUCUGAUGGGGUUUGACCUGAACCGUCACUGGCUGGAUCCCUCUCCAUGGGCACACCCUACCCUGCAUGGAGUGAAACAGCUCAUCGUCCAGAUGUACAACGACCCUAAAACAAGCCUGGAGUUUUAUAUUGACAUCCACGCCCACUCCACCAUGAUGAAUGGCUUCAUGUAUGGCAACAUCUUUGAGGAUGAGGAACGGUUCCAGAGGCAGGCCAUUUUUCCCAAGCUCCUCUGCCAGAAUGCUGAGGACUUCUCCUAUUCGAGCACAUCCUUUAACCGGGAUGCCGUGAAAGCGGGAACUGGCCGUCGCUUCCUUGGUGGACUGCUGGACCACACUUCCUAUUGCUACACUCUGGAGGUCUCCUUCUACAGCUACAUCAUUGGAGGCACCACGGCUGCUGUGCCCUACACGGAGGAAGCCUAUAUGAAGCUGGGGCGGAACGUGGCGAGAACGUUUUUGGAUUAUUAUCGGCUGAACCCCAUGGUGGAGAAAGUGGCAAUUCCCAUGCCGAGGCUGCGGAAAGAAAAACCCCCUCCCUACAAGUACCCACUCCUGCGGGGCUCGGCCAGCAACUACCCCAACGGCAAAGGGGACAAGAAGAGCUCAGUGAACCACAGAGACCCUUCAAACUCUUUUUAGGGGCACGGAGUCUAGUCAGGUCUUGUGGAGGCAGGAGUGUGCAUUUUCUGCUGGGGCAUGAAAUUAAUCACCCUUCCCUAGUUUCCAAGGGUUGUGGGAUAACGAAUAAGCUAGUGAAGGGGAAGGAAAAAAAUGAGAAAUUCAUCAUUGAUUUUCCCUUUUACCAACGGAAAAUCAAUUGUGAGCCUUCAGCUUAAGACUCAGGAACGAAAUAGGAGAUUCAGACCAGGCGAGUACAGAUGCUAUUUUCCACAACACAGAGAUGCUCACAGAAAGAAGAAACCCUACACAUCCCUUUUGAGAGGUUUGACACAUCUCAGGUCAGUGCUUUCAAAGCCCCUUUACCUUUUAAAGUUGUAUAGUUACUACGGAUGGUUACCUUUUAGAAUAGGCCAUGGUUGUUUACAGUUUUAGAAAUGCACUCUCUAUAUUUGCUGAUCCCAGACAACAGCAACAACACAUAAAACCCAAAGACAAAUGUACUGUUGGGAACAAUGGGACAGAAUUUUUGAAAUCAAAGUGGUCUCAGACAUACACUCUAUCUAUGAGCUGCACGCUUCCUGCCGCCCUCAAACCCCAGCAUGCAACUUCAGAAAACUGUUCUGAGAGCUAUUUCCCGAUGACCUGGGUAGCUGAAUUGAAACAGUAGCUCCAAAGACAAAGUGUAUUGGUUACUCAUUCCAAAAGGUCCCUCAUGGUUAAGAUCUCCAGAGCCCGGUGUCAGGGAUCAAGCCUGGCCACUGAAUUGGUGGGCACGGAUAAUCUAUAACCAGGGCAGGCUGACUGCCAGGUAAGAAGAUGAAAACGACAAAAGGAGGCCCCUCAAGGCAGGCAGGGAUGAUAAAAUAAAGCAACAGCAGCAGCAAUUCCCAAAGUGAGGGAGCUGAACGUUGUGCAUUUUUCUAAAGAGUGAAGUGCGUUCGUAUGAUGAAUGGGUCCGGGGGAGACCGCUCCCUUCCCGCCUGUGAAGCGGCAGGCUGAGUCACCAUGACAGCCUGCUAAUUGAAAUGACCUCCCAGAAAUGAGGAUUAGGAGAUAGGGAGAGGAAGGCAGGCACAAGGAGAGAGGGCCGUUAGCACAAGUAGUUCCAGUAAGCAUUCUUUUGCUCUGGGUUGAAGAUUUUCAAAGUGUGCUGCAAAAAUGGAGAGCAAAGCUUAUUUUGCCUUUGCUUAUUGGUUAUCAGAAAUGAUAACAAAGAACCAUAUGUUAGUUGGCUACAAAUUUUGCGUUGUGUAUACAGUUUCUCUCCUGGGUUCUCAUUGCCCAGAGGAGCACAAAUAAAGUGGUUUAUGCA